UCCAUCAGGUGGAGCCGUCCUCUCGCCGCCUGCCUCCCUCCUCCCUCGCAGCGAACUGCCAGCAGGCCAUCCUGCAUCGCCGAGAGGUUAACCGAGCCCCCGGAGGAGCUUCUGUGAAAGGAGCCCUUCUGUCACUCGUCACUCGCUAGCUCGCUUGCUCGCUCGCUCUCUGUGGGAGGAGCCCGCCAGAGGAAGCCGUGUGCCUGGGAUGCCAAGAGCCAGAGAAUGGAUCUGCUCCGAGUGGGGACAUUGCUGAGGAUCCUGGCUUCCCGAGGAGGCUGAAAACAAGCGUUGGUUUCGACUGCCUGCAGAUAGCCGAGACACAACAAGACCGAAGCGGACCGGAGGAGGGACGGACCGACGGACAGAUAGAUGGUCGGCAGGAACCCGGGAGGACCGGCGGCGGAGGCUGAGCACCGCGAGCCCAGCCGCCUCGCUUGAAGAGAACUAACUGCACGCCCAAGUUGCCCCGCCGGCUGCCCGCGCGCUGAGGAAUGAGACCUUUCCAGCUGGAUUUGCUCUUCCUCUGCUUCUUCCUCUUCAGUCAAGAGCUUGGCCUCCAGAAGAGAGGAUGCUGUCUGGUGCUGGGCUACAUGGCCAAGGACAAGUUUCGGAGAAUGAAUGAAGGCCAAGUCUACUCCUUCAGCCAACAGCCCCAGGACCAAGUGGUGGUGUCAGGACAGCCAGUGACGCUGCUGUGUGCCAUCCCAGAAUACGAUGGCUUCGUCCUGUGGAUUAAGGACGGCUUGGCUCUUGGUGUAGGAAGAGAUCUCUCAAGUUACCCCCAGUACCUGGUGGUGGGGAACCACCUGUCAGGAGAGCAUCACCUGAAGAUCCUGCGGGCCGAGCUGCAGGAUGACGCCGUGUACGAGUGCCAGGCCAUCCAAGCUGCCAUCCGGUCCCGCCCCGCACGCCUCACAGUCCUGGUACCACCAGAUGACCCCAUCAUCCUAGGGGGGCCUGUGAUCAGCCUUCGGGCGGGGGACCCUCUUAACCUGACCUGCCAUGCGGAUAAUGCCAAGCCCGCAGCGUCCAUCAUCUGGCUGCGCAAAGGAGAGGUCAUCAAUGGGGCCACCUACUCCAAGACUCUGCUUCGCGAUGGCAAACGUGAGAGCAUUGUCAGCACCCUCUUCAUCUCCCCGGGAGAUGUAGAAAAUGGGCAGAGUAUUGUGUGUCGAGCCACCAACAAAGCCAUCCCUGGAGGAAAGGAGACCUCAGUCACCAUAGACAUCCAGCAUCCCCCACUUGUCAACUUGUCGGUAGAACCACAGCCGGUGCUGGAGGACAACAUCGUCACGUUCCACUGCUCUGCAAAGGCCAACCCAGCUGUCACCCAGUACAGGUGGGCCAAACGGGGUCAAAUCAUCAAAGAAGCAUCUGGGGAGCUGUACAGGACCACCGUGGACUACACAUACUUCUCCGAGCCUGUGUCCUGUGAAGUGACCAAUGCCCUGGGCAGCACCAAUCUCAGCCGCACGGUGGACGUCUACUUUGGUCCCCGGAUGACCUCAGAGCCGCAGUCCCUGCUCGUAGAUCUAGGCUCAGAUGCCGUCUUCAGCUGCGCAUGGAUCGGCAACCCAUCUCUCACCAUCGUGUGGAUGAAACGAGGUUCUGGUGUGGUCCUGAGCAAUGAGAAGACCCUGACCCUCAAAUCUGUCCGCCAGGAGGAUGCCGGGAAGUACGUGUGCCGGGCUGUGGUGCCCCGGGUAGGAGCUGGGGAGAGAGAGGUGACCUUGACUGUCAAUGGACCCCCCAUCAUCUCCAGCACACAGACCCAGCAUGCCCUCCAUGGUGAAAAAGGCCAGAUCAAGUGCUUCAUCCGGAGUACACCGCCGCCUGACCGAAUCGCCUGGUCCUGGAAGGAGAAUGUGCUGGAAUCAGGGACAUCAGGGCGCUACACGGUGGAGACAGUGAGCACCGAGGAAGGCGUCAUCUCCACGCUGACCAUUAGCAACAUUGUGCGUGCUGACUUCCAAACUAUCUACAACUGUACAGCCUGGAACAGCUUCGGCUCUGACACAGAGAUCAUCCGACUCAAGGAACAAGGUUCGGAAAUGAAGUCGGGAGCCGGGCUGGAAGCAGAGUCUGUGCCAAUGGCCGUCAUCAUCGGGGUGGCCGUAGGAGCUGGCGUGGCCUUCCUCGUCCUAAUGGCAACCAUUGUGGCCUUCUGCUGUGCCCGUUCCCAGAGAAGUACGGGAGGGAGACCCGGGAUCUCAGGGAGGGGGACAGAGAAAAAGGCCAGGCUUAGACUGCCCAGGAGAGCAAAUCUCAAAGGUGUUGUGUCAGCCAAAAAUGAUAUCCGAGUGGAGAUUGUACACAAGGAGCCAACUUCUGGUCGGGAGGCUGAAGAUCACACCACCAUCAAGCAGCUGAUGAUGGACCGGGGUGAAUUCCAACAAGACUCGGUGCUGAAGCAGCUGGAGGUCCUCAAAGAAGAGGAGAAGGAGUUCCAGAACCUAAAGGACCCCACCAAUGGCUACUACAGCGUAAACACCUUCAAAGAGCACCACUCGACCCCAACCAUCUCCCUGUCCAGCUGCCAGCCAGACCUGCGUCCUCCAGGCAAACAGCGCGUGCCCACAGGCAUGUCCUUCACCAACAUCUACAGCACCUUGAGUGGCCAGGGCCGCCUCUACGACUACGGACAAAGGUUCGUGUUGGGCAUGGGCAGCUCUUCCAUCGAGCUUUGCGAGCGGGAGUUUCAGAGGGGCUCCCUCAGCGACAGCAGCUCCUUCCUGGACACGCAGUGCGACAGCAGUGUCAGCAGCAGCGGCAAGCAGGACGGCUACGUGCAGUUCGACAAGGCCAGCAAGGCCUCUGCCUCCUCUUCCCACCACUCCCAGUCCUCUUCCCAGAACUCCGACCCCAGUCGACCCCUGCAGCGGCGGAUGCAGACUCACGUCUGAGGAUCCCGCACUGUGGUGGGGACGGGCCAGGGAGGAGGACAGGGCACAUUUUCGUUCUCCAAGGACUGGGGCUACUUUGCAGAGGACCCUAGAACUGGCCGCCACCAUGGUGGCCUCUGAGCACCUCUGUUACCACCUUCCUCCAAAGCUCUAAUCAAGCACAAAUCUGGCUCCCGGGUGGAAAAUGAAGAGGAUGCAGCAGAGUGCGUAGUGCUCAGGGCUUUGUCCCCUGCUCUUCCCUAAAGGCCCCUCAGCCACCUUGUCCUUCCAAGGGCACUAGUGGCAGCUAGAAGUUUGCUUUUAUGAAACUGCUGUCCACUCUCCUAGCUCCUCUUGCUGCCCAUAAGCCAUCCCUGGUGCCUGUAUUCCUUACAGCCUUGGGGAACGGAGGACUAUUUCCUAGCACUGAGUUGCUCCAGAAACCCCACCUUCCCCACUGUGCAUAGCCCAUGCCACAGAGGCUGAGGGUUGAGAAAUGACCCUGGCUAAUGGAGCAUCUGCCUGGGAGCCCACCCUCAAUUUGUUUGGUGUUUUGUGUCUAUAUUCUGUUCUUGGGCUUGAUGCCUCUGAGCUUGGUGGUGGGACUGGCCCGUCAGAGUCUGGUGUCCCCGGAGCUGAGGAAGGGAAGGAGGGAGAACGGAAUGCCUGGAGAACACCUGGCCCGGUACACCCUGAGCCAGGCGGUACAAUUCGGAACCCUCACCCUCUGCCCCGCUUUGUGUUCUCCCAUCCUCCCUGCAGCACAAUCAAGCUAACGCAAGGCGUGCGAGAACUUCUCUAGCCAGGGUUUGUUGAGUGGUUACUGCAGAGUGCUUCCUGGGAGAUGCGGAUUUGAGGGUACUGAAGGACGGGCGGGAGGAUGAGACAGACUUUUGCAGCUGAUGAACGGGAGGAACAAUCACCUGUUCUCCAGUAGACCGGACUCUGUGUGCAAGAGGGAACGUUUUUCUGCGCCUCUCCCUCCCUUCACUCCCCACUUAAGAAUAAACGGUAGGGCCAUUACCCCCAUCAAACCUGCCUGUGCUUUUGUUCCUGCGUAGCCACAGGAAGACCCCAGGAGUCCAAGUGCAUUGUGGGAACCAAGGGUUUUUUAUUGUUUGUUUUUGGCUGUUCUUCACUUGUGGUUUGUUUUUUUUUUUCCCCCAAGCAAGGAAGGUCAUUGUUGGGGCUCAUUGUGGUCAUAAUCGAACCUACAGAUUGACUCUCUGUUUGUGGAUGACAUCAGCCAAAAAACAAGUCUUGCCAACCUCAAUUCUUGCCAAAUGCAGUAAGUCAAUACCAUCACUCUGGACAUCAGCCAGAUCCUGCUAGCCUUUUAUCUCAGUCCUAUUCCACAGGGGAGUCUUUCUCUACUUUGCAUAUAAGAAGGAAGGUCUCUUGAAAGACCAUAGACCACCAACAACACUCUAACAGUUAAGUAUAGGACUCAAAAAAAAAAUUAGAGAAAAAACAUUUUUAUUUUUUGUUUUUUAAGACAGGGUUUCUUUGUGCAGCCAUGGCUGUCCUGGAACUCACUUU